UGUUUGAUCCUGUCUUCUCUGCCCCUUCACUUGUUCAAAUGUUCAUGCUGAUAAGACAGACUGAACCUGUAGUCCUUCUGCACAUGUUCAGUUUUUUUUUUCUUGGAAGAAUAUAUAUGGUCAGCACAGGGCCAAUCAGCACUGUCCAAACAGAGGUCAGGGGUUUUCAUCCUCCUAGAGCAGAAAGAAAACUCCUCCUACAAGCUUUAACCAGUGCUCUGCUGAAGUCACAAGACUGCUCUAACUGCUGAUGAGAAAAGGUAUUUAGCAGGUUAUAUUUACUA